UUGUUUAAUGUCCUCGUUCUUUUGUGGAAUUGUUACUGUUUUUCUGUUGUUUUUUGGCAAUGUUCUACUCGAAGUUGUUGAAGAUUCGACAACUACUCGGACAACAGCUACAACUGUACAUCAAGUAAAAAGUGCAACUGUAGGAACUGGACAGUUAAUGUCUGGACAGAAAGGAAAUGAUUCUUCAAUAUCUUCAAGUACUACACGCUCACUUGCAUUCAUGAAUAGUCCUAAUUUUAGCGGAAUCAAAGUGCGUGUCGGGCACAUUGGAGCAAUUAAUGUAAUGCCGAAGGCUGAACAAAUUUUGGAGGUUUGCCGCAAGGAAUUGUGGAAGGAAGGCGUUUUAAACGAGGAUUUCGAUAUUGAAAUAAUCUCUCAAAUGGGAUGCGGGGAAAGUUUUGAGGGGGUUGCUGUUGGUGCAGAUAUGUACCAUCAACAAAAUGUUAAGGCAUUUAUUGGCCCUUAUUGUAAUGCAGAAAUGGAUGCAGUUAGUAAAAUGGCUGCUUUUUGGAAUGUUCCGAUAAUUGGAUAUAUGGCUGCUAGUAAUGUUUUCUCUGAUAAAACAAUUUACAAAACUCUGGCACGUGUUUCGCUUCGAACAACUAAUUCGCUAGCAUUAGCUGUUUAUUCAUUAAUUAGACAUUAUGGGUGGAAUAGAGUUGCAAUUGCUACAAAUACAGGUCCAAUGGCUUUUGAGAGGACACAAGCAUUUGAAGAAAUUUUUCAUGCAAGGAAGAUUACUGUAGUUAAGAAAUUAAUGUUUGAAGAAAAUGUUGAUUCGAAAGGAAUGAUGGCAAGUGGGUAUUUGGAGGAUUUGAGAAAUUCAGCUAGAAUUGUCAUUUGUUUAUUUUCUUCUACCCGGGAAAGCACAAAAGAAUUUAUGCAAGCAGUUAGCCUUUCUGGACUUAAAACACACGAAUAUGUUUAUAUUUUACCUUGGCUACAAGCUGAGGCUAAAGAUGCUUCUCCUUGGAUUGGGGCUGAUGGACAAAUGGUUCAAAAUGUUAAAGAAUUCUUUACUGGAUCGAUUAUUAUUGAUGAUGUAAAUGGAUUUGACAAUACAAUAUUAACACCAUUUAAAGAAAGAGUUGAAUCUAAUGGAAUGUCUGUAGAAGAUUUAAAUUUGCAAAAUAUUUAUGGUUAUAUCCAUUUAUAUGAUGCUCUAAAACUUUAUUCUUUGGCUGCCAGAAUUGCUUUAAAUGAAACUAAUGGAAAUCCAAAUGUAACGACUGAUGGACGUUAUUUGUGGAAUAAAAUGCGAAGAAUGACCUUCCCUGGACUUGUCAGUGCUGAAGGCGUCUCUUCGGGACAGGUAACUUCCUCUCAUCUUCGUUCUGCAGAUGUUUUUAUGGAUGAUUUAGCUGAAAGAGCUGCUAUAUAUGCUGCAUUUUAUGUUGCCCCAAACCGUGAUGAUGUAAUGAAAAUGGUUGAAAUGAAUCCAAUUCCAACACCUAAUUGUGAUGGAGUAAUAAAUAAAAGUGGCUGUUUUGAAUUGAGGAUUACUGAUCUUUUGACUGGCUUUUGGCCUUCGACUGAUGGUCAUUUACCCCCAGACGAGCCAGCUUGUGGCUUUAGAAAUGAACGUUGUGAUUAUACUUUAAUGAUUGUUAUUGGUAUUUUGGCUUUGGUAGCUCUUUUGGGUGUUGGGGCUGGAUUUAUAUUCUUCAGAGUUUUAGAAAACCGAGCUCUUGCAAAAACAUCUUGGCGUAUAUUCCGGGAUGAUAUGAGAAUUGUUAGUGCUGAAGAAAUGAAGUCUAUGCUUUCAAUAGGUUCAUCAAAAACAAAAUUAUCUAAUAUGGCACGUUUUGCAAAACAUCAUGCUGUUAUUGGUACAAAUACCCACGCUUCUUUCCAUUUAUAUCCUCAACGUCGCCCAAUAUCCUUUAUUCGAACAGAUUUACAAUUAUUGUCAAUGAUGAAAAUGCUUGUACACGAUAAUUUAAAUCCGUUUAUGGGAAUUGCUUUUAAUGAAAAGGACGAGUUGCUAGUUUUAUGGAAAUUUUGUUCUCGUGGAACAAUUCAGGAUAUUAUAUAUAAUGAAAGUGUUACUUUAGACAGUAAAUUUCAUGCUGCUUUUGUUAGAGAUAUUACUUUGGGUCUAGAGUAUUUACACAUGUCACCAAUUGGGUAUCACGGUUCAUUAACUCCUUGGGCCUGUUUAAUUGACAGAAAUUGGAUGGUUAAAUUAACUGAUUUUGCAAUAGCUAAUUGUAUAGAACGUUGGGAAAAGAGCGGAUAUGUUACUAAAGAAACGCUUAAAGAUGGGGAAGAUAAAAGUGGAGCUACACAAUUAACAAAUGUGCUUUACUGCGCCCCAGAGCUGCUCAAAAAUCGUGAACAAAACCGUCGACGUGGAAUGGAACAGGGAUGGUUAAAACAAAGUCAGGCUAGACGACAAGCAGGGGAUAUUUAUUCUUUUGGGAUUGUUAUGUAUGAAAUUUUGUUUAGAGCCCUGCCCUUCCCAGAAGGCACCGAUUUGACGGAAUUAUGUGAAUAUGUACGAGAUGGCUCUAAAACAUUUAAACCUGUUAUUGCUGAUCGUUCACAAAUACAUCCAGAUAUUAUUGCUUUAUUACAGGAUUGUUGGGCAACAAAUCCAGAAAUCCGUCCAUCAAUUAGACGUGUUCGUCUAAACACAGAAAAUUAUUUGAAAGUAAAAGGAUCUCUUGUUGAUCAAAUGAUGAGAAUGAUGGAACAAUAUGCAAAUAAUUUAGAGAAGUUAGUACAAGAAAGGACUGGAAUGUUGGAAGAUGCAAAUAAAAGGGCUGAUAAAUUAUUGAAUCAGUUAUUGCCUAGCUAUGUUGCUAAUGAACUGAAAUUGGGACGUUCUGUUGCUCCUAAAACGUUUAAAUCUGCAUCUGUUAUGUUUAGUGAUAUUGUUGGUUUUACUACUUUAUGUUCUGGUUCUUCUCCACUUGAAGUUGUUACUAUGUUAAAUACUGUAUAUACAGGAUUUGAUGAUUUAAUUAACAAACAUGAAGCUUAUAAAGUAGAGACUAUUGGUGAUGCUUACAUGGUAGCGAGUGGUAUUCCACAAGAAAUUGGUGUUCGUCAUUUAAUGCAUUUAAGCGAUGUUGCACUUGAAAUUAUGGCUUUUCUAAAAAAUUACGAAAUUCCCCAUAUGAAACCACAAAAAAUUCGAAUAAGAAUUGGGGUACAUACAGGAACUGUUGCUGCUGGAGUUGUUGGUUUAACUACUCCUCGUUAUUGUCUUUUUGGUGAUACUGUAAAUAUGGCUUCUCGUAUGGAAUCAAAUGGAUUACCAGAACGUAUACAAAUAAGUGAAGCAUUUAAAGAAGCAUUACAAAAGCACUAUCCAGAAUUUCGUGUAAAACCUCGAGGGAAAGUGGAAUUGAAGGCAAGAGAAUGUUUUACUUAUUGGCUUUGUGGAAAAGUUGGACAGGAAGAUGAACAGCCAUAUGCACCCUCUCCUGAAUUGUUGUCUCAAGUACAGGCUAUCUCUGCUGGGGGGCCAUUACUUAAUGCUGAAUCGCCAAUUAGUAUAACUGUUGGUUAA